AUGGAGGAGUGUCUUAAAUACAUUCUGAUUGUUCAUUUGAGGAAGGUAGGCUUUGACGCAGUUACGAAACGAGCAUUGAAUCUUUUUUAUCUUUCCACAACGUGUACCAUAAAAAAUUAUCUAAGAACACUCAAAUCAAUUACUUUGCAUUCUCAGCGCUCCAAAACCACCGUUCUAGAUAUCCUGAAAUUGCAGACUUUCUUCAAAGAACAAUUCAUUCCAUUGAAAGUAGCGCAUAGAUUGUCUCUGAUAACAGUAAAACCAAUAAAAUUACUUGAAGACAGAGAAGAAGACAAACAAGUUGCGGACUCCUUGCUUGGGACCACCAUUGAUCGGUAUGUACAUGUGUAUGAUUUCAUGCCCAAGUUUCCCCCUGCACAUACGUUCAGAAAAUCAUUUGCUAAGGAGUGUGAAGAAGAGGAAAAGAGCAAAAACAUCAAAAGAAGACUGGAAGAAUCGUUGAUUGCGGAGAAUAAUCUUGUUAAAAUGAUGGAUGCCAGUAACGAUGUACCGUCUUUUGUAAAUUUCAUGGUUAUAAGGAAAUAAAACAGUGUUAACGUAAAACAUUAAGCAUUGCUGGUAUAUGGAGCAACAACCAUGUGAAUAGUUGCUUAUAUACAAUGGUGCAUACAAUAAAACAGGUUAUUUAGCACUGACAACACGCAGUUACAUAAAUGAGUAUAUGUAACGGCAUAACAGUUAUUUUUAAUUAUGAAACUAUAUAUGGUGUGAAGAAUGUGCCGUAUUAUAUUAUUUUAGCCAGUCUUAGCAAAUAAAAC